CAGGUUCGAUUCUGGUCGAUAUUACAAAAGCUAAGAUAUUCUUGAGUUAUAUCUCCUUUGCUGGAGGAAUGACCGCACCUCCGUUUGCUCCACAUUUUUGUGGAAGAGAAGAAUUGGUUGGAGGCUUUUGUGUCGCUGGAUAAAAGUUUGUGGAUCUCACAUUCCUGAAACAGUACCGUUUAUCGAGUAUUCGUGCUUGAGCGAUUCAUGGCGUGGAUGGCUAUGCCGACGACGGUGCUCAACAAUCAUCCUCCGUCACUGCUCCCUUCUUCCUCAGCUCCUUUGCUAGAAGCUCUCAAGAGAACCGGCGAGGAGCGUGUCGCUGCAUUUCACUUCCCAGGCCACGGCCGCGGCUCCUCAGCGCCCUCUUCGAUUUCCAAGCUUCUCGGAGCUCAACCCUUCCAGUUUGAUCUCCCGGAGCUGCCAGGCCUGGAUAACUUGCACUCGCCACAAGAAGCUAUAGCCGAAGCGCAGCAAAUGGCCGCCGAGCUUUUCGGAGCAGGGUACUCGUGGUUCUUGGUGAACGGCUCUACGUGUGGAAUUCAAGCGGCGGUGAUGAGCUGCUGCAAGCCCGGAGACGUUUUGAUCCUCCCCAGGAACGCCCACGUCUCGGCAUUCUCAGCCAUGGUUCUUGCUGGAGCAAUGCCUCACUAUGUUCUUCCUUGUUAUGACGAGCUCUGGGAGAUUUCUCACGGCGUCUCCGCCGAGAGCAUCGAGUUGGCCAUCUUGGAUCUGCAGAAAAGAAAAGACGUGAGAAUUGGAGCUGUUCUGAUUGUCUCGCCAACUUACUUUGGAGUGUGUAGCCCAGUGGAGGAGAUCGCAAAGGUGUGUCACGAGCAUGGUAUCCCGAUCAUAGUUGACGAGGCUCAUGGAGCGCACUUCAAGUUCCACUCGAGGUUUCCUGCAACGGCACUCGAGCAGGGAGCCGACGUUGUUGUCCAAUCCACGCAUAAGGUACUCUCGUCUCUUACGCAGUCCGGGAUGCUCCAUCUUGCGAGAGGCUGCGAGAUUGUAAAGCACGAGAGAAUUAGCAAGUGCCUUCGAACCUUGCAAAGCUCCAGUCCGAGUUACCUUCUCUUGGCCUCUCUCGAUGCCGCAAGGGACCAGAUGAGUUGUGCAGCAAGCGAUGACCAUCCAUUGUUUGAUACAGCUCUGGAGCUGGCUUCCACAGCUCGACGACGCCUGAAACAAAUCCCACAAGUUUUAGUCCUUGAUAGAGAAAAUGUGAGCUUGGCAGCCAAAGCUGAUACCAUUUUCGAUGAGCUUAGGAUCACCAUUGGUUUGUGGGAGCUCGGAGUCACAGGAACUUUUGCCGAUGACUUUCUGUGCGAUAAAUGCAAGGUGGUGGCCGAGCUUCCUCUUCUGAACUCCAUAACUUUUGCUAUGGGAACCGGCACUAGCAGCAGCGACACUGAGAAACUUAUCGAAGGCUUUCAAGAGCUUUUGAGUUCUUCCAGAUUGACGAUAGAUUCUUAUUCCAGACCCGGAGUGCCUGAUUGUUACAAAAUCGGAUGGAAAGCACUAGUUAGUCCAAGAGAGGCAUUCUUUGCAGAAACUUACUGCUGCAAAGCUGACGAAGCAGUGGGUCUAGCGAGUGCUGAGCUCGUGUGCCCGUAUCCACCUGGUAUUUCUGUGCUCUUUCCUGGAGAGCUCGUCUCGCAGGAGGCUCUUGCCUAUUUGAAGCAAGCCCAUGCUUCGGGAAUUACCAUCAGUGGAGCAUCAGAUCCAACUCUUUCCACACUUCAUGUCUUGAAGUGACAUCACAAAGAUCCAGCUGCAAAGAAAAAAACAAGAGUUAGAUAAAUGCAAAGUCAUAGAAACUUCAUUACGUACCGAUCA